CGCUCGCUCGUCGACCGUUUGCGAAUCGCUGCCUUGAGAAUUCAACACGCGCUUUGUUGACUUCGACAAAGUAGUCGAAGCUUUAUGGAAAUGUGACUUUACUCGUCGCGAUCGCUUUGAAUUUUCUCCUUUCCAGCUGAAGCCGAUUCUUCUAAACAUGUCCGAGCUAAUGAGAGUAACGCUGGUCAUUUCGAUGUUGAUUUGCAUCGCUAAAGUUAUUGUAAUGGCUAGUAUAUCGGACGAAUUGGAGCGUCUGGACGGCGAGAUGAAGUCGUCGAACGAUUCGUCGAUGGAAGCGUCCGGAACCCCGGACUCGCAUGAGGCCAUGAACAAUCGCGAUAUCCAUACGAAAGUCCGAGAAAAGCGAAGCUAUGAAUUCCUGAUGGGGCUAAUCAAUAACAAUUCCAGAUAUGAGGUAACGAGAGUCGAUCCGGAGGUUACGACGCAGAAGCCGAAGAUCGUUCCGGAAAGACUCAACGCCAGCGAGCUCCUGCUCGAGUUAAUGGUCAGGAUCGCCUCUCAUCCGGAUCAGUGGUACAAAGUACACAACUUAUUACAAACAAUAGAUCAGGAUCUUAAAACGUCCAUAAACGUCGUGACAAAGCUGAGAGCUUUAUCAAACGAAUCUGAGAACAAUAUCGGCGAAAAUAAUGUGAAGAGAAUUUUUUUAACUACGACGGAGAAGUACGAGGCAAAGAAAAGCACGGAAAAGCAGUGGCCGAUUUUCGAUCUCGAGGAAAAUGUACAAAGUGUAAAUAGUACGUAUGCAACAAUAAACGAAAAUCGAUCGCAAGGCAAGCAAAGUUCGGAAAACUUCAAAAAGAAACCGAAUAAACCAACAUAUCCGAAGAACUUCACAUAUCAUCGAGUCACCGGAAAACCAGACAAUACAAGCAAAAAUCCCAGAGCUUAUAUAGCAGUAUCGAUAAUUUCGCCGAAGACCGAGGCGCAAGCGGUGGAAGAAGAUGCCCUUUUGGAAAAGGAGCUGCGCCAGCUGAAGCCUUGGAACCACGGUAAACAGGCCAAGUCGUCGAGAUACGAUCGAUCAACGCAGUUUCACCGGAACAAUAAAAAAUUUAACGAAAGUUAAAAAACACAAAUUGUAUAAAAUCAUCCGAUUCAUUUUUCUUUGGAGAAAAUACGUGUAAACAAAAUGUACAUACAUAGGAAUUCAGCGAGUUUUUAUUUUUUUAUGUAGUUCGUCUAAAUAUUCACAUAGUUUCACAGAAUCCGAGUUGUUUCUCGUCUACAGUAAUACCAAACUUUGCAAUUAAAAUUGCGUUUGAAACGCGAAUACAUCAUUUGGAUCGCCAUCUGUUCAUUUCAACAUUGUGUUUGAUAAUGGUGUUUUAUAUUACAUCUCUCUGGUUCUUUGUAAAAGCGUUUGCUAUGAAUAAAAAAACGUAAAACACAUCAUUUGUAAAAAGUUUAGAAUUUUAGAAUUUAUUGUAAGAUAAAAGCCUGUUGUGAA